AUACGAUGCCUUCUCAACAUUUCUGACUCUCCCCUUCCAAUUUUUUCUUUCUUUCUCUACAAAGAUUUGGCCUUUCCAAAUUUUCGGAGAAAAAGGGUACUUUGAAUUUUCCUUUUUGUGUGAGGAAGUUUGCUGGCGCUUCUCGCUCCUUUAACCAACCAUGUCUGUUGUUGCUAAAGAAGCCUGGAGAAAAUAUCUUAUUCAACUCCAAGCACACCCACUGAGGACCAAGGCUAUUACAGCUGGUAUUUUAGCUGGAUGUAGCGAUGCAGUUGCCCAGAAGAUUUCUGGGAUCAAGAAGCUUCAACUGAGACGAAUGUUACUCCUUAUGUUUUAUGGAUUUGCAUAUGGAGGACCAUUUGGGCAUUUCUUUCACAAAUUGUUGGAUAUUCUUUUCAAGGGAAAGAAGGAUAACAAAACUGUUGCCAAAAAGGUGUUAUUGGAGCAAGUAACUAUUUCUCCCUGGAACAACUUCCUUUUCAUGAUGUAUUAUGGCUUGUUCGUUGAAGGAAGGCCAUGGGGUUUAGUCAAGAAUAAAGUUAGAAAGGACUACCCUUCUGUUCAAUUUACUGCAUGGAAGAUUUCACCUAUUAUUGGUUGGAUAAACCACCGAUAUGUCCCGCUGCAGUUCCGUGUCUUAUUUAUUAGCUUUGUUGCUUCAUGCUGGUCAAUCUUUCUGAAUUUGAAAGCAAGAUCGGUUGCUAUCAAAAAGGACUAGCAGGAGGAGGGAGUGUUUCAUUUCGAUCAUCGGUUUCUUUGUUUUGGGAUAUUCUUAUUUCUUAGAAAGACUUGUUAAAUCAUGUAUAAGAAACUUAAAUGAGUGAAUGAGUAUGAUUUAAAAUAAAAGUAGGGAACUUGAUUGAUGUUAACAUGCCAAUUUCUAUGGUAAUGAGCAGUGUUGUGGAA